UCUCCAUCGCCUCUUAUCGCUUUGGUUGCCCUCUGAGUGCAGCCUAAGGCUCCGCCCAGAGGGACGGGUCUCAUGGCCCUGCCAAGCUCGCUCCAGCAAACCUUGACCGAUGUGGAGGCACAUUUCAGGCGUCUCAAUGACCAAGUGUCAAGUCUGAAGCGAGAGAACCAGGACAUGAAACUGCAACUCGCAAGGAUAGAGAUGGACACGUCUAAACCUAUGAAGGUAGUGGAAGCCUUUGAGGGUCCCGACAUUCCAGUCGUGAAGGUUCCUCCAAAGAUCGCCUUCGAAAGCUCCCUGCCGGGCCGUCCGGACGAAGAGCUGGUGACGUUGGAUGAGUUACAGUCCACGGAUUUACUCAAGUUCGAGCAAAACCGGAUCCGGAAGGUCGAUACCCAGAUGGUCCACGAUGCUGUUCACAUCCGGAAGCAUAUGAUGAACGGUGAGG